AUGUCUCUGUCCAUGUCCCCUCAGCAAGCGGUGAAGGAGAAUGCGAAGAGGAGGGAGUCAGAGGAGAAGAUCAGGAGAGCCAAGCUGGCCAAGGAGAAGGCUGACAGAGAGAAGGAGGAGAAACAGAAGAGAAGCCAACAACUGGACCUCAACGCAGAGGGUGAUGAGACUGGUAUCAUGGACGACCUGAUGGAGGCGCUGCAGUCUGGUGCUGCCUUCAGGAGGAAGAGAGGACCACGACAAGCUGCCAACCGGAGAGCUGGUCAUGCAGUGACGAACAUCUUGGCCAAAGAGUUGAUGCAGGAGGACACCCCGCCCCGCUUCAGCAAACCACCCAAUAAGAAGACCAAGAUAGCGCAGAAGGAGGAGCCUAGCAUAGAGGGGGCUAGUAUAGACGGGGCGGGGUCACUAGAGGACCUCUUAGAGGACAGUCUAUCACGUCCAAUUAAAGGAAGAGUUGAAGGAGGAGUCUGUGCCCAUUGUCCUUCAUGGGACCACCGGAUUGGACAUACUGGACUGAAGGAGCCAAUGGUGAGGGCGGAGCUCUCACCAUGA